CAAGAUUCCGAACCCAUACUGUUGUGAUGGAUACAACUAUAGUGAAGAAGGGAAUGAGCUCGAUCUACGUAGAGAUCUGCGGUGCGUCUCCUGGAAUUACGAAUACAAUAUCGACAGACUUGCGAUUCAUUGGGUUGAUAAGGUCAAAAAGGGUGGCGAUAUCGUUGCCACCGUCAGCUACACUGAUGGUACAAGGGAGGGACGACACACCCUAUUCAUUUCGAAAGGCAACAAUAGACUCCCUGAUAUCGCGCACGAACUUGGGCAUGUCUGGCUUACGAAUUUCCGCGAUGUUUCGUGAUGAAUACAUCCUAUUCAAUCGUAAUAAUUUACGAGGUAUGCAAGAGACGGUCGAUGGGGUACUCGAUGCUCUUAAUCAUAGUCUUUCUGGGGAGGAAGUCUGGCAAAACCUAUGCACCGAAUCGGACUGCGCCAGGAAUUGGGUUGCACUAUCCUUCGGCUUCACAAAGGGUGACAAGCUCGAAGAUGGAGCAGAUCUGGACGGGCCGGAUGGAUUCGACAUGAACCCAAUCAUGAUGUGCUCUUUCGCUGCGGGGGCUCCAAUUAAGGACGUUACCAAAGGCACUGCAGUAUCGGUCAAGCUCAAGAAAAACUCCAACGGUCAGAAAUACGUGGACCCUGAUGACUGGGAAUUUCCGACCCACAUCGUGUAUCACUGAAGGAUGCGGAGUUCGUUCACCGCAUCUAUCCUUGGGGGAAAGCAUCGAGUCCAACUCAUAAGCGGCCAGAGCAGUCUCAAAAGCCACUUGGUCUCACC